CCUCGCUUCAGACGGCGCUGCUUGCGUCACGCGGGAGACGCAUCUCCCAAGCACGCCGAUGGCGAACUUUAAUGGGCCGCUUGACUUGCCCGCGUUUACCUCUCCUCCUCGUGAGGGGCGGCACCGGGUCAAGAGGUCCGUAACUGAGUCCACAUCGCCGGGCGGCCUUCGUCGUCGUCCCCAUGACCACGCUCGCCACGGUAUUCACCACCACCAACACCAGCAUCACCACCGCCACUUUCGCCACGACCGCGAUGAAUUCAUUGUAUCGGGUGUCAACCCGCCGCAUCUGACACGACACUCCGCAGAUAUGGCCCGCCCAGAGGCCAUGGUCCCGACCUUGAGCCCGGACCAGAGUAGGAGGGCUAGCUUCUUAGUUUCUGGGGAUGACGAUACUCGGGUCGAAACCAAGGAGAGCAGGGCGGCGAGACUGCGGCUGGAGAAGCAGAAAGCCGCGCUUCGGGCCGAAAACCUGAGGAGGUCCCUCGCAGAGCUCAAUGGAUUCUCAACAAACAUGACGAAGCGACUCGACGACACGUACUACGCAGUGCUAGAGAAGAUGAGCACGUUACAGACUACGGUCACUGCCCUGAAGGACUUGGCGGAGUCGUCGCGCGAGAUCUGCGAUGGGUUCGACAAGGACUCGCGCGAGCUCGCGGACGACAUUGUUGGGCAGCUUGUCGCUGUCGGGCAAUUCGACGAGCAGCAGACGAGGAUAGUGGGACUGCAGAAUCGGAUAAGUGACGGACGCGCCAGGGUGCAGACCCUCACUAGUCGAGUGGACGCCGUCAGGGAGCGCAUAGAGAGCUGGGAGCGUGCCGACAAGGCCUGGCAGGAGAGGACACGCAAGAGGCUCAAGAUCAUCUGGUCCGUGACUUCCAUCGUGGGCAUCCUCAUCAUCGCCCUCGCGCUUGGCGUCCACUAUUCCUCCGUUCGGCUCAACAGCGCCGAUCAAGGUGAGCUCAGGGAUACAGCGGCCCCUGAGUGGCUGAGCGAGUCCAACUACACUCGGCAAUCGAGUGAGAGUGGAGGUUCGGGCGGGAGAGCGCUGUUUUGGAAGACGCCCUUGCAUGAUGGUGAGCGGCUACGAGCGUUCGAUGAGCUGUGAAUGGGAUUCGCCUGUUGUCUUGCGGCUUGUUUGCGAACCAGAUGCGUAUGGCAUAUGCCCGUACAUUCAGUUCCAAUGAUACCCCAAUUCUUUCUUGAACCAUGUGUAUUGUUCGUUGCCUUGAGCUUGCUACGCUUGCGAAAGCUUGAUGGUGUUGCUCGAUUACUUUCUGCCCGCACGUUGGGUUGCUUGGGGCUCGAAAUAGGACAAGUUGCGGAGCGCUUGGCCUGCUGUCUGUCGUACCCAUACAUACUCUGACUUACGUGUGCAGCCGCCUCCCUUCGUGGUUGGUACAGACUCCGGCAGUAUGCGAGAAAAUUGCCGAUUAAGGGCAUAUUCCUGG